AUGGACCCAAACACACAGACAGCGCCUGAGGUUCAGGAAAAUGGCUCGCACCGCUUCGACCCUAACUUCACCGACGCCGUCAUCAACGCUAUUGGACCAAAUGUGCCAGACCGGACGCGUUUUGUCAUGGGCAAGCUGAUCAGACAUCUUCACGACUUCAUUCGCGAGGUCGAGCUUACCAACGAGGAGUGGUUUGAGGGCGUGCGAUUUGUGAACUCCAUUGGCAAGACCACAACAGCCACCAGGAACGAGGCGCAUCGUAUUUCAGAUGUGCUAGGUGUAGAAUCAUUGGUCGACGAGAUCGCACACAAGCACAUCAACGAGUCUGGCGAGACACCCACCUCCUCCACAAUCCUCGGCCCCUUCUGGUCACCACACUCGCCAUUCCGUGACCUCGGCGACACCAUCAUCCGGAACCCGCAUCCUGAUGGCCAGACAACUCUCAUGCACGGUGUAGUCAUGGAUCUCGACACCAAGAAGGGCAUCCCCAACGCCGUCAUCGACAUCUGGCAAGCGAGCGCAAACGGAAAGUACGAUUUCCAAGAUCCCGAGAACCAGGAGCCCAACAACCUGCGCGGAAAGUUCACCACAAACGAGAAGGGCGAGUACUGGUACUACUGCUACAAGCCAACAGCGUACUCGCUGCCUACCGAUGGCGCCGCUGGCCAACUCUUCAAGACACUCGACCGCCACCCCUUCCGUCCCGCACACAUUCAUCUCAUGGUCUCAGCCGAGAACUACAAGCCGCUCAUCACACAAUUAUACCCCCGUGACGACCAAUGGGUCACGAACGACACUGUCUUUGCCGUCAAGGACGACCUGCUGCUAGACUUUGAGCCUAGCAAGGACCCCAAGGCGAAGCUCGACUUGACAUACAAUGUUACACUUGCGCCAGCGGGUAAGAAGACAACUAGAUUGGAAGGUAUCCCUAGGUUACCGAAUGUCUUUGAUGAACAGAGCAGACUGUAG